UGAAUCCAUAUCGAUUUCAAGAUAGAUAUACAUGAAUCAAUCGGGAAUUAUGGGCCCUACGAUUGUUAUGGAUUGGUGUGGCUACAGAAUUGGCGCGAGUUUCCAAAGUUCCACGAGUUUGGGAAAACUGCAUUUGCAAAUAUAAAACCCCGCAAGCAAUGGCAGUUGUAUACAUUGAAGAUUCUCUUUUUGCUUUCGCCUCGUCUUUCUCGUCUGUCACCUCCCUCUCUCUAGCAUUUAGCAAUCAGAAUCCACCAAUCCAAUAGGAGAGAACCAAGCGUCUACCAGAUCAGUUCCUAAAUAUCGAAGGGAAUCAGCACUCUUUGCCUGUUUAAUUUGAUUUCACACAACGAUAAGUGCGAAUUACUCUCUUGAUCGAUCACUCAUCAUCAUCAUCUUAUUCCUCUAGCUUUAACCUAAAAUUGCUCAAAUGGAAAUUCAAGGAACUGAAAUUACGAGGAAACGCAUGAAACCAGCUAUGGAAGAGAAGGGAUUAGAUGGAGCAGAUUCAGAGAUUGUAGAAAGGGAAGUGUUCCAGACAGACAUUGCUGGAUCUGAGGAGGUGGAACUUAAUAUCAAUCACAUUCUCGAAAAGAUUGAACGCUUCACCGAGCUGGUUUCUGAGCUGCUGGAAUCAGGGAAGACAAUCUUUAAGGAACUGGUUAACGAAUUUGAGGAGCGGCUGAUUACGAUACAUAAGGAACAAAUGGAGAAAUGGCAGGAAGAAAUUAAAGACUUGCGGUUGCUGGAUGCAUCAAAUGAGGAGGCUAAUGCUCUUAUGCAUAAUGCUCGAUUCUUACUACAGAAUGCUCACAUUGACUCUUGAAGUAUGCAGGAAUCUAGACUAAGCUGAUCUUCUAUACGACGUCUUACUUCAAUAUUUAUUAGCACAUAUUUCUUAUAAUGUGAAAGAAGGCUUGGUUCAGUCAAGUAAUCGGGGCGCCAUCCUUGUGCUAUACCCAAAGUAUCCCAUCUCUAGCUAUCUAUUUCCUUUUAACUCUCGAACUCCUCUGGAUGUGUCAGUCUCCACCGUGGAAGCUCUUGGCUGGCGAUUCCCUUUACACUGAGAUUUCAAAAUUUCCCAAGGACUAGAACAAGGCAUACCGAGCAAGAUCGAUGUACCCAAUGCUGCCUUAUUUAUGAGUCUUUUCAUUGAUUGCAAACAGUCACAGGUAGACAUGUCCCAUCCUUGAGCCAACCUUAGUUAUUUUGUUUUAUUUUAUUUUUUUCAAUUGCGCAUCUAACAUUCUGGGAAGCGAAAGAGGAGAGGAUGAUUGAUUGCCUUUAAUCCUGGUUAUUUUUCCUUCUAUGAGUGAAAUGCCAAUUUAACACCUGCACCCAUGGUGGAUUGAACUCCGAAGCCCUCCCAAAAUAAGCAGAGAUGCCACUAGGCUGCCAGGUCAAUGGUAUUUGUUGACAAUUCCGUAUAGUUAAGAACCAUUGUAAAUAAUAUUAUUGAAAUUUUCAAUGUAUCCCUAUAAAAUUAUGAAAUUGUUUA